UAGUUCAACAAUAACAAAGACGAAGUCCCUAAAGAAAAGACUCGUCUCGUCUCGUCUCGUCUUCCCCAGCAAGUCUAAUAAGAAGAACAAAGAGAGAGACGAGGGAGAAGCAGAGAGAUUAGGUUUGAUGGAUAGAUUUGACGGACCACCACGUCUCAUACUCGUUGCUGAUCUUGAUUGCACUUUGGUGGAUCACGAUGACCCUGAAAACACAGACCUCCUUAAGUUCAAUGCGCUUUGGGAAGCUCAAUACCGCCAUGAUUCGUUGCUUGUGUACUGCACAGGGAGGUCUUUCAGCUCGUACUCGAGUCUAAGAAAGAAGAGGCCGUUGCUGACCCCGGACAUCGCCGUUACUUCUGUUGGUUCUGUGAUUGUUUACGGCGGUGAUUCCUUGGUGUCGUCGGAUGAUGUUUGGACUGCUCGUUUGGAUGAUAAGUGGAAUCGAGACAUUGUCCUUGAGGAAACUUCUAAAUUCCCUCAACUCGAGCCUCAGCCAGCCAAGAGCCAAGAACCGCACAAAGUGAGUUUUUUUGUGGAAAAAGAACACGCUGUUGAAAUAAUGAAGGUUCUUCCGGGGCUAUUAGAGGAGCGUGGGGUGGAUGUGAAGCUGGUUUAUAGCAACGGCUAUGCUUUUGAUGUAUUACCUAAAGGAGCUGGCAAACAAGGUGCUCUGACUUAUCUACUUGACAAGUUGGAGAUUGUAGGGAAGCAACCUUCUAACACACUUGUUUGUGGCGACUCUGGAAACGAUGCUGAGCUUUUCAACAUUCCUCAAGUAUAUGGUGUAAUGGUUAGCAAUUCGCAUGAAGAAUUGUUGCAAUGGCAUGAAGAAAAUGCAAAGGACAACCCAAAAAUAUUUCAUGCGUCCCAGAGAUGUGGAGCUGGCAUCAUAGAAGCCAUUGAGAGGUUUAGUUUGGGACCAAGUGUCUCUCCAAGAGAUGUUUUGGACACUGAAAAUUUCCACGUGGAAAGUUUGAAUCCUGUUCAUGAGGUUGUUAAGUUUUAUCUGUUUUAUGAGAGAUGGCGAUGUGGAGAGGUAGAAAAGUCUGACAAGUAUUUGCAGUAUUUGAAAUCGCUCUCUAGUCCACUUGGUAUUUUUGUUCAUCCAUCUGGAGAAGAGAAACUGAUACAUGAAUGGAUAGAUGAGAUGGGAAAUUUACAUGGGGAUGGGAAGGAAAAGCAGUUUCGCAUUUGGUUGGAUAAAGUUUCAUCUUCUCAUAUCAGUUCAGAUACAUGGGUUGCAAGAUUUGACAAGCAUGAGUUAUCUGAGGGAAAAGUACGGUCUUGCUCAACAAAAGUCUUACUGAGUUGUCAGGGGGAAAAGCAAAAGUUGACGUGGAUGCACAUCCACCAAUCAUGGUUAGAUGAAUCAUUUUCAGAUGAUCAAGAAAAAUGGAUUUUCUAGAAGGAUAAUCUGAACCACGACUGACAUAUUAAGAUGACUCCUGUUUGGAACAGAAGCUAACCAAGAAGCAUAGUGUUUGUUAUGUACUGUAUUGUUUGAAACGUUGUGAUAAUAAGAAAGAUUGGGUCCUGAGUUCGGUCUGGUUCAGGACUCAGGACCUUUUGGGGCAGGGAGAGUUUUGGGUCUCUACAACAAAACCCUACCUCUUGGUCUGUUGGCUCAUUGGUUCUCUACUUCAUGUCAUCAACACUUAAGAAAGAAGUUGUGUUUCAUUUGCAAUUCUUUCUUGGUUAGUUAUGGAUUGCUUUUUUACUAUUUCUGUCUUUUCCAAAUCAGAUAUCCGGUUUUCGAAUACAGAAAAAAGUAACCUAAAAUUAGUUUUUCUAACCAUAAUUGUUGAUGUAUGAAAUCAACGAUAUAAAUAAUACGAGUAUUUGUGUGGGAAUAAAUCGGAUCUGGUCCUUUAUUUAACGUAGAAUUCAAUAAGGGUUUACAGAAAUGACAAUUAAAGAGCUAACGCAAUUAAUCCGAAAAUAAUAGCUAUUCUCUCUCUAAUUGCCCAAAAAAGUCGAUCCCCUGACAUGACAAUGACAUCAAGUAUUUAUAGUGGGACCUUGACCUAGGGUUUCUUCUGUCUUCGAGUAAAAUGACGAUUUUGCCCCUACGGCCUGUUGGGCCUGAUCCAAGACUUUUGGCCCAAAAUCCUUUCAGAAUCUUCUGUUUGGGCUUCAGGAAUGUUGGGGGCAAAGCCCAUAUCCAACA